CAUAGGGUCCCAUUUCAUCAUCAUAUUUUCAUUAUAUAGUUACCUUCACAAGUUUUUUUCUUUAGGAACAUUCAAAGUUUAAAUCAACGUAUAUAUUUCCAUUCAAUAGCACGCUAGCUUUCAAACACUCAUGGCAUUCAUUUUUCCUCCUCCUUCUUUUACACCCAAGAUUCCUCAACAAAUCCACGACGUUUUCCUCAGCUUCAGAGGCGAGGACACUCGCUAUACUUUCACAAGCCACCUUUACGCCGCGUUAACCAGACUUCAAAUCAAAACUUACAUCGACAAUGAGCUCGAAAGAGGUGAUGAAAUAUCACCUUCACUUCUCAAGGCAAUCGAUGAUGCAAAAUUAUCCGUAAUUAUCUUUUCGGAAAAUUAUGCUUCUUCUAGAUGGUGUUUGGAGGAGCUUGUGAAAAUCUUGGAAUGUAAGAAAAAUAAUGGGCAAAUUUUAGUUCCUAUUUUCUACCAUGUUAACCCAACAAAUGUAAGGAAUCAAACGGGUAGCUAUGGGCUUUCUUUGGCAGAGCAAGAAAAACGUAGGGACAUGCAUAAGGUUCAAACAUGGCGGCUAGCUUUGACAGAAGCUGCCAAUUUCUCUGGCUGGGAUUGCUUGGGCACAAGGAACGAGUCUGAGCUAGUAGAACAAAUUGCAAUGGACAUAUUACAAAAGCUAGACUCUAUAACAAGUGGAGGAUUAGAAAGACGAAUCAACAAAUACAAGCAAAUUGCACAACAAAAACUUGAGAAAUCCCUUAGAACAGGUAAUCUUGCAGACAUGGAAGAAUUGAUCACAACAUUGUACCAACUUGCUGAACUAAAAUUGGAGAAAGCCACAAAAUCAAAUGACUCAAGUGAUUGGGGUGAUGUUUUGGCUACAUACGAACGUAUCAUGCAACUUAAACAAGACAAGUGGAUGCGUACGUUUAAUGCACAAGAUUUGGAGGAAUUAAAGGCUGCAAGGAACCAUGUAUUGCAUAUUCAGAGGGAGCAAUUCAAUAGUAAGAUGGGUUUCCGUGGUAUAUAGAUGCAGUUAUUCAUCAUGAACAAGUGCCGUCUUUCUAAACUUUUAAUUUGAAUUGUUUUAAUGCUUUAAAUACAAUGUUGAAAGAUAAGCAUCAUUGUAUUAAUACUAGCUUGGAAACCCGUGCCAAGCAAGGAUUAAAAUUCCGACUAUUAUUAUUAUUUUUAUAUAAAAUCUAAUUAAACAGUAAAUUCAUUAUUUUAUACACAAUA